GCAUCACUACGUCUCUGCAGAAGCUUCCUAGGGUUUUUUAGGCGUCGCAGAUAAGAGAUCCCCUCACUGCAUUCCCUCUGAGCGCCGCCACUCCCUGACAUCGAGACCGGCUGCCCGACCCCGGUCCGGCGAUCCCUCUGCACCCCUUUCUUUGCGCUGCCAGCCCCAAUCUCUCGCAUCCCUGUCAACCAUGGCGGCGUCAGCAGGCGGAGGCGCGGUGCGCGCGCUGUCCCAGAAGGAGCAGGACAUACAGAUGAUGCUCGCGGCCGACGUCCACCUCGGCACCAAGAACUGCGAUUUCCAGAUGGAGCGGUAUGUCUUUAAGCGUCGCACCGACGGCAUCUACAUCAUCAACCUGGGCAAGACAUGGGAUAAGCUCCAGCUCGCGGCGAGGGUUAUUGUUGCCAUUGAGAACCCGCAAGACAUCAUCGUCCAGUCGGCCCGCCCCUACGGCCAGCGUGCUGUCCUCAAGUUCGCGCAGUACACUGGCGCCCAUGCCAUCGCUGGGAGGCACACCCCUGGUACCUUCACCAAUCAGCUCCAGACCUCUUUCAGCGAGCCUCGCCUGCUCAUCCUUACUGACCCAAGGACUGACCAUCAGCCAAUCAAGGAGUCUGCUCUGGGGAACAUCCCGACCAUUGCCUUCUGCGACACUGACUCUCCCAUGCGAUAUGUCGAUAUCGGCAUCCCAGCCAACAACAAGGGGAGGAACAGCAUUGGAUGCCUGUUCUGGCUUUUGGCCAGGAUGGUUCUGCAGAUGAGGGGCACUAUCCUCCCUGGGCACAAGUGGGAAGUCAUGGUUGAUCUGUUCUUCUACAGAGACCCAGAGGAAGCGAAGGAGCAGGAGGAGGAAGCUGCUGCGGCCCCUGAGUUUGCUGCAGUCACUGAUUACCAAGGAGCUGAUCAGUGGGGUGGUGACCAGUGGACCUCUGAUGUGGCUGCACCACCUGUUGCUCCUACUGGUGCUGAUUGGGGUGCUGCACCAGCUUCGGUUCCUACCGGUGAUGGCUGGGAUCAAACUGUGGCCCCUGUUCCUGUGGAUGGCACUGUUCCUCCAGUGGUCGCUCCUACUGGUUGGGAAUCAGCAGCCCAGCCCACUGCCCAAGGCUGGGAGUAGGCGUUGAGGCAUCACUCUGAGACGUCUUGUGCGGGAUUAUUCCAAAGUAUGAAUGCCCGAAGUCAGACGACAUAUUUUGUAGCUAAUUUGCUAUGCUUUGUGCACUUAUGUUUUUAGGGCUUUCUAGUUGAACCGGUGCCCCUGUUCUGUUUUUAAAAUUGCCUCUAUGUAAGAGGCUGUGCAGUAUAAGUACUAGCCCCUUUGUUUUCUGUCGACCGCAUUGCAUGGUUUGGUUCGAACCUUUCGAUGUCGUAGUUCUAUAUGAUAAUACAUUCAGUUGAUUUUGAUAUAUGAUAAUACAUUCAGUUCAAU